CACUGGUUUCUCUCAGGGAAGAUCAAUUGAAUAUUUUUUCUUCUGGCUGAUUUAUAAUCAUGCUUCUGUUAUUAGUAGUUUCCUUUAUUCAUUCAAGAGAAAUGUUAGUUUUGAUCUCCAAAUUUCUCAUUAUCAGUCUGCGUUUGCUUAAAUUUGAUUGCUUUUCUCCAACACCAUCAGCAAGUUUGUACUUUGUUGCUCCAUAUGAAAAGCGCUAAAGCCCUUCUCUUUUUUUUUUUUGUUGUUUCUUUUUUUAACAUAACCUAAAGGUUACCUGCUACAGUGUCAAUUUUUGAAGUUAUUGAUGAUUUUUACAGACAUGGUUUUCUUGAGCUGGGCUCCACCAACUCCAAAAGAACAAAAGGCUUGCAUUGACAGGUCAGGUGGCUUUAACUAUGAAGCUAAGUUCAGGGGGGCUACUGCCAAGUCCCUAUCUUCCCUGCAACCUGCAGAAAAUGGUUUCUUCUGCAACCAUGCCCUUGUUUUGGUCGGUUCGGGUUUGGAGACUUAUGAGAAGGGCAAGAAGGGAUGACUGUCAUGGUUUUUGACUGAGUUUGGAUUUUGCAGGCAUUUUGGAUUGAAUUGGGCGUUUGGUCCGAAGAAGCCGGUUCAAAAUGGAGUGAAGUUUUGUAUUUGUGUCAAGGAGUUUCUACCAUGGGUCAUGAUGCCUCUUCAGAUUGUGUAUGUGAAUGAAAAUAGAAGUAGUACACAGUCCAUGGCGUCUUUUCGUUUUUGGGGUGGUACCCUUCAAAGUCACUUGCUGUUUAGUGCCGCAGGGGAAGAGCGUUUCUCAGUUGAACUGGAUGAGAAUAACCAAGUGUGGUAUGAGAUACUUUCCUUCUCAAAACCAGCUCACCUAUUGUCAUUCGUUGGGUACCCUUAUGUAAUGCUGAGGCAAAGGCACUUUGCUCAUCAUUCUACUAAUGCAAUCAAGAAACAUAUAAAUACCUUGUAAUCCUA